AUGGCACGUUAUGUGACUUAUGCACUAAACCAUGAGUGGCACAGUUAUGACAUGUUCCUUAGUGCAUCCCCUGGGAAUGGGGCAAUUAAAAAAGUGAUAAUUGCCUUUGUGUUUGCUCUGUUGAUGGGGGCAUUGAUUGGCGUACUAGUGGCUCAUGUGUCCCACACUGAGAUUUGCUCGGCACAGGACAGAGCUCUCGCUAAUGUCUUGAAAACAUUGAUAAAGGAGAGAGACAGUGAUGCUAGAGAUAGGCUCCUCAAAGCAAUUGAUCCUGGCCACAUAGAGUAUUUUCAACGUCACUUUGGAAAUGCUACAAGCCCCCAAGAACUGGCAGAAGAUGCGAAAAAAUGGUGGUUGGAUUUUGGGCUGGAUAUGGCGGAGGUCUUCACCCACAACCAGUUAGAUGAGGAAGAAUACCAAGAGACAGAAAUAACAGUGCAGUACUCUAAUGGUGUUGUACUGUUUCGAAAUCAGAACAUCCUGAAAGUUGAAAGUGAUGCCACAAAAAAGCUGCCAGCUGGUCUUGUUGAGGGCGAUCUGAUCUUUGCUAACUUUGGCCAGCGUGAUGACUACCAGUACCUCCUCGAUAACCUGACACACCUGAGGCUGGAAGGCAAGAUCGCUGUAGUGAAAGAAGGAAAGCUAUCAGUGGAGGAAAAGGUACAUCAGGCAGUUGCAGUACACAUCCGUGGACUGAUCCUCUACCCAAAAACCCACAUCAAUACUUCAGCGCUCACCAACUCAAACGAAGCUUUACCGCCUGAAGAUACACCUGCCACAGGUAUUGACCAUUUAGGCCACACCUUGGAGAUCCCAGUAUUAACCCUCUCCCACCAACAGGCAGAUGUCUUCACUGGACAUAUGGGAGGCUACCCUGUUCCUCAUAUGUGGCUGAAAGAUGCUGUGUCACAUGUUGGUCCAGGAUUUAGAGGUACUUGGGCCGGGAGCCAUGUUCAUCUGAAUGUCAGAGAUAAGAGGAAGGAAGACAGCAAGCUGUAUGCUGUUGUUGGGAAAAUACGUGGAAGCAUAGAGCCAGAUCAAUAUGUUCUGCUAUAUGCCCACCAGCAUGUGGUAAAUGUCAGCCUACCCUAUGGAUCUACCAUGCUGACUGAGCUUGCCAGAAUCUAUGGAAAAGUGAUGCAGUCAGGUUGGCGCCCAAGGAGAACACUGUUGUUCUGCUUGUUUAACAAUGGCACUGGAGAAGAAAUGGAAUCUGUCUUGGGAAGACUGGGCUUACAGCAGGAGAACAUUGUAGCUGUGGUGAACUGCAACUUUCCACAGCAAGGUUACAACAACACAAAGGAACAGUUGUAUGCCUCAGCUUAUCCCAUGUAUAGGAGCACACUGCUCGAAGCAAGCCAGGACAUGGGACAUCCACCAGUCACCAUUUCCCCAUGCAGGCACCAGGCCAGCAGGAGUCAACACAUUGACAUCAGGCGUGUAGCCCAACUGUGGUAUGGGGAUGAGGACCAGUGCCAAGGUUGGCACUCUCCUCCAGUAAGAUCUGGUGAAGAAAAAUUUCAAACUCGUAAUAAUCAGAUGUUCCAAGAAAUUGCCACAAUUUAUGCCAACUACAGCUGGAAGUUUGCUGACUCCAUGUAUCUACCAUAUAAUGUGUCCGAAUGGACUGUUGAUAUACUGAAUGCUGUGAGUGUGGCUGUUAACAGAUACAAAAAGGACAUGCAAUCUACUGAAUUACUAGAUGAAGUUGAGCAGAUAACUUACGAGAUACAUAACAUGUCAGCAAGAUUUGCCAGUGUAUAUGAGAAGUUGGACAAACGAAAUCCUGUUGUUAGCAGAGAAGUGAAUGGACGCUUGUUAUUCCUGCUCUCUCUGAAUGUUGACCCUGGAAACCUUACGCAUACAAAUGGUUGCAGUAGCCAGAACAACACUACCUGUGAUUGGAAUGCAGUGAUGUCUGAAAGCCCUAGUUUGCCAGGACUGGAUGUUAUAAUGUGCAAUUGGAAUAAGGAAAAAACAUCACCCAAACCCAUUGCCAGGCAAUGGAGAACAAUAAGGAAGUAUCUGUAUGAACUGAGAGGUAACUUGCUGAGUGUGGAAAAUGUAUUAGGUGAGCUAUUGGCAGUGGAAAGGACAGCAGUAGAGUUGAGCCACAAACACACUACCCAUGGACCACACAAAUAGCAGGGAAGUCAUGACACUGGUGUUCAAAAGUUGAUAAAGGUCUAUCGGCUUGUGUACAAGCAAAGAAAUAGAUGGGUAUCUGGCUUAAUUUACAGAAUUCACUUACAAAAAUUCACUCGUGUUUAUAUUUAUUCUUCCUUAAAAAUCUUCACUCAUCUUCUUUAUCACAUCAAAAAGCUGCCCCGCUUGUGAAAUCAAAUGUCUGCUUCCAGGCAAUUUGCCCUCAUAAAUCUGGUCACAAGACGUACAGUGCCAAAUGCCAUAAUGUAUUGGCUGUAUGUCUGUAUCCAUUAUGAACAAUCAAACCCCAGAUUUUUGAAACCCUGUGUUGGGAGACCAUUCCUUCCUGUCUACUAUUUUAAUUGGAACAAUAAAGUAAAAAGAUCAUAAAUUAAGCCAGUAAAAUGGGAUUGCAUGGCAGAUAAUGUGUCCAUUUACACUGUCUGUGGUGAAGUGGUGCUGUACAUACACAUAUGGCACCUCGGCCAAACUAAGAUUUUGGUCAUUUCUUUCAGGACACGUAAUGAUGAUCAAUGUAUAACAACCCAGGUGUCAGAGACGGUUGGAAACUACCUGUACCAUUUCUAGUAAUAUAUGUUGUUGGGUUUCCAGUCAUCUCUGUCAGAUAGGGUGAUACAUUAAGUUUCAUAGAUUGUGUUUCUUGCUAAUUAUAUUAAAUUAUGGUGUUUGAAUUCAGUGGUGUAACUUCCACUUCUAAUAAGUGCAACUGGGGAUUCUUUAAUGUAGAGGCAGUCAAGUAUUGUAAUGGUCUAAGUAAGCACAUCUCUUUAGUUUUUUUUUUUUUUUCAUUGAACAUUUACUUUAGUUUUAGAGCUAAAUUAAAAUGUAAAAUUUAUAUAAAUAAUAAGACAUAAUUAAAUAAAAAUGUGAUUCUUUGGACUAAUAUUGUCUGUAUUGAAACUGGUUACCACCAACACAUUAGACAGUUACAUACCCCAGGCUCUUGGUGCAUCCAUACAUUACCAAAAUGUAUCAUUAUUUUGUAUAGUUAGAUUUUAGUUUGAAGACUUUUCUCAGUGAUUGUAUAAGUUUAUUAUCAGCGGCAAGCAUAUGUGCACUAUACUUAAUAAUGACUAUUAACAAUAUGCCCAACAAGGUCUACAGUUAUUAUUUGCUGUGUAUAUAGUUUUUGAUAUUUUGAUUAUAUCUUAACUAAUAAACUUAUUUGAAUUCAAUUUUUUUUCAUUUUCAUCCACUGCAAACCUAUUUAUAUCAUUUAUUUCUUAGUAUGUAAAAAUAUUAAAUUAUGUCUUUAUUGUUUUCAAUCCUUGAUAAAGAUUAUGGUAUGUGUAAAUAAACUGAUGAAGAGAAAAGUAUUGUGUGGGAUCAGAAUGUUGUGAAUAAAUAGAUGUAUCAUUUGAAUAUAAAUAUCAGACACAAUGGUGCUUU